AUGGCCACAGCCACGAAUAACUCUGACACUGGGAAAGAGCUGUUCCAGUCCUACAAAUUCGAGGAGGACAUUGACUUAAAGUUUCUAGUGGACGACUACUGGACAAGCUCAUUCACCAUAGCUUUUGUCUACUUGCUGCUCAUCUUUGUGGGGCAAAACUAUAUGAAGUCAAAGAAGGGAUUCAAGCUGCAGAAGCCUCUUUUUCUCUGGUCUCUUAGCCUUGCCAUCUUCAGUAUCGUGGGGACAGUGAGGACAUGGAGCUUUAUGGGGACUGUGAUAUUAAGGCAGGGCCUAAAGCAGACUGUGUGCUAUGCCCCCUUCAUCAACCAUCCCACUAUCAGAUUCUGGAGCAUAAUUUUUUCUCUCAGCAAGAUCAUUGAACUCGGAGACACAGCCUUCAUCAUCCUGCGUAAGCGACCGCUCAUCUUUGUGCACUGGUACCACCAUAGCACAGUGCUAGUGUUCACAUGCUUUGGAUUCAAGAACAAGAUGGUUGCUGGUGGAUGGUUCAUGACCAUGAAUUUUGGCGUACAUUCCAUCAUGUACUCCUAUUACACUCUGAAGGCAGCCAAAGUGAAUCCCCCAAAGAUGCUUCCCAUGAUUAUCACCAGCCUACAAAUCCUGCAGAUGAUUGUAGGAUCUGUCAUCAGCAUCCUGAGUUACAUCUGGAGGCAUGAACAAGGGUGCAAUGCCACCACAAUGGAACAUUUCUUCUGGUCCAUCUCCUUGUAUGCGUCCUACUUCAUCCUCUUUGCCCACUUCUUUUGCCAAGCCUACCUGGUACCCAAGGUCAAAAACAAGACUAAGAGCCAGUGA